AUGGGUUCCAGGAGCGAUUCAGAAGAGCAGUUCACGAUGGAUACCGAUUACUCUCCACCAAACACUCUGGACAUCGCGAGUUUAGCUACCUUAGCUGCUCUUGAUGCAGCUGAACAGAUCGCUGAUCAAAGGGCUGAUACUGCUAUUGCUUCCGGUGGAAAGAAGAAAGGAAGCAAAAGAAGAAUUAUCAGUCUAAACGAUAAUAGUGAUGAUUCUGAUGUUGAAAUCACUCCACAGAUCCAAACAAGUCAGCCUCGCAGGAAGAGCACUUUUGGAACAGCCACAAGGAAACCCAUGACGCAAUCCACUAUAGACGGUGGUAUUGGCUCCUCCUCACAGGCGUGUAGAAAGGAAAAAUAUGUACCAAAGAAAGCUGUGAUUCGUGGAGGUAUAAGGAAGCCACUGUCUCGGUCACAAAAGGGCAAGGGAAAGGUAUCGGCUACCCAGUCGCAAAAGAAGAAGGCAGUGUCACAGAGGAAGACGAUUGAGGAGUUACCAGAACUUGGCGAUGAAUUGUUUGAAGAAGAGUUGGAUGAGGAUGAGAUUGGUGAAGAAGAAAGGGAAGAAAGGCAGAGAUCAGAUGUGUGGCGAGAUUUCAAGGUGGUUCAUAAGCCCAAUGGAACUAUGAAAGCUGCAUGCAACCAUUGCAGGAAUCAGUAUGCAUGGCAUUCACACUCGCAUGGAACCAGUGGGUUGAGAAGGCAUCGUCUGAGGUGUAAAAUGUUUCCUAGGAGUGGAGGAACCCAGCAACAACUCAAUCUCGAGGGGAAAGUGGUAUCUCGCAAGUAUGAUCAUACUGUGUUCCGACAAUUGGUAGCUAAGACAAUCGUUCAGCAUGAUCUGCCAUACUCCUACGUCGAGUAUGAAAGAGUGAGAGAGACAUGGAAGUAUUUGAAUGUAGAUGUCAAAACCAUUUCUCGAAACACGGCGAGAAAAGAUGUCUACAAGUUGUAUGAAAGUGAGAGAGACAUACUGAAGAGAGAAUUGGCGACUCUCCCUGGACGUGUCUCAUUCACGUCUGACUUGUGGACAUCGGUGAAGCGGGAAGGAUACAUGUGUGUGACAGCACAUUACAUUGAUCGGAAUUGGAAGUUGAAUAGCAAGAUUCUGACGUUUUGUGCUCUGCCACCUCCACAUAAUGGUAUGAAUGUUGCAGUUCAGCUCCUUGAAACAUUGAAAGAAUGGGGAAUUGAUAAAAAGGUGUUCUCAGUGACACUAGAUAAUGCUACAAGUAAUGAUUCGAUGCAAGAUAUUGUGAAAUCACAGCUCAAUUUGUCUGAUGAUUUACUUUGUGGAGGCGAGUUCUUCCAUGUCAGAUGUGCAGCUCACAUACUUAAUCUCAUAGUGCAAGAUGGGUUAAAGGUUAUAGGAGGCGCUUUGCACAAAGUAAGAGAGAGUGUUAAGUAUGUUUUAGGAUCGCCAACGCGAGAAACACUGUUCCAGAGAUGUGUGGAUGCUACGGGUCCAGUAGACGAUGGGUGGCUCAUCUUGGACGUGUCGACGAGAUGGAACUCUACUUUCUACAUGCUUGAGCGAGCCAUCAAGUACCGUAAAGCAUUUGUUCAGUUGGAGAUAUUUGAUAAGAAGAAUUUUAAGACAGCGCCCACUGCUGAGGAAUGGGAUAGAGCAGCCAAUAUCUCCGAGUUUUUGGCACCUUUUGCUGAGAUCACAUCGCUGAUGUCGGGAUCAAAUUACCCGACUGCAAACUUGUACUUUUAUCAAGUUUGGCUGAUCCAUAAUUGGCUUCAGAAAAAUGAGGACAGCGAAGAUGAUGCUGUCAGAUACAUGGUGCCACCAAUGAAAGAGAAGUUUGACAAAUAUUGGGAUGAAGUUAGUUGUCUUUUUGCUAUGGCAGCAGUCUUCGAUCCACGGUUUAAGCUUUCGAUUGUCCAAUGUUGUUUAGGGAAGCUCGACAUGAGUACACGUGAUGCAAAGUUGAAGAACUUGCGAGAGAAGCUUAACAAUCUGUUUCAGACCUACAACAAAAAGUCCAAGAAUAACUCACCUUCCACUGAGCCUCGUCAGUCUGUUCAAAAAAAAGCCACUAAGGCAGUGUCUAGCCGAAUGUUUGGGAACUACACGGACUUCUUUGCAUUUCGCAAAGAGAGUGGCAUUGUGAGUGGAAAGACACCUCUAGAAGCCUAUCUUGAAGAACCAGCUUUGGACUUUACUAGUUUCCAGAGCUUGAACAUACUUGAUUGGUGGAAAGAUAAUGCGCAUCGGUUUGGUGAUUUGGCUGCAAUGGCAUGUGAUCUGCUAAGUGUUCCAAUUACGACAGUGGCUUCGGAGUCCUCCUUUAGCAUUGGAUCGCGAGUUCUGAAUAAAUACAGGAGUCGGCUACUCCCCAAGAAUGUGCAAGCUCUAAUAUGCACUAGGAAUUGGAUCAAGGGAUAUGAAUCUUAUGCACAUGAUGAAGAAAUCGAUGAAGAUGGUGAUGGUGAUGGUGAUGGUGAUGGUGAUGGUGAUGGUGAUGGCGAUGGCGAUGGUGAUGGUGGUGGUGGUGGUGGUGUACAAAGGAGCAUUUUGACUCGUCAUGAAGCAGUCAUGGAGCAGCUAGCAGCAUCAAGAACCAAAAGAGUGCAUUUUGCUUAA